UCUCUCUCUCUCUAUUGAUAAUAAUGUCACUCACACACCCGUUUCCCUUUCGCCUUCUCUCCGUCUGUUUUCCAUCUUUUUAUUUUUUAUUUUUUUGGCUCUAUUUACUUGCCCAUCAUCUCGAUGAUUACGACAUGAAACCCACCACCUCAAUAUUACUCAAUUCUUCACAUUCUAUUAUUAUUAUCUCAUCUUAAUUUCUUCUUCUUGAAUUCUGUACCAACCCUGUCUUGCUCUUGUCUUCAGGUGCCCUUUCCUCUUUUCUUUUUUCUCUAGCUGCUUAAGGUUCCAGUCGUUUCUUGGAGUGUGCAUAAUUUCAAUCUGGUGUUUUUGUUCUGUUUUCUUGUAAGCGUAUGCCUGGAAAUAAGUACAACUGCAGUUCUUCUCAUAUCCCACUCUCUCGAACCGAACGGCUCUUGAGAGACAGAGAGCUCCGAGAGAAGAGGAAGAGCAACCGAGCUCGUAAUCCUAAUGAUGUUGUUGGCAGUUCCGACAACUCUGAGAACGACCUGCGUUUAGAAGGCGACAGUUCAACCAGGCAAUAUGUUGAACAGUACUUGGAAGGUGCUGCUGCUGCAAGGGCACACGAUGAUGCUUGUGAGAGGCAAGAAGCAAGGCCUUAUAACAGGCAACGUCUACUUGUUGUGGCUAACAGGCUCCCAGUUUCCGCUGUCAGAAGAGGUGAAGAUUCAUGGUCUCUCGAGAUCAGUGCUGGUGGUCUAGUUAGUGCUCUCUUAGGUGUAAAGGAAUUUGAGGCCAGAUGGAUUGGAUGGGCUGGAGUUAAUGUGCCUGAUGAGGUUGGGCAGAAGGCACUUACCAAAGCUUUGGCUGAAAAGAGGUGUAUACCUGUGUUUCUUGAUGAAGAGAUUGUUCAUCAGUACUACAAUGGUUAUUGCAACAAUAUUCUGUGGCCUCUGUUUCACUACCUUGGACUUCCACAAGAAGAUCGUCUUGCCACAACAAGAAGUUUCCAGUCUCAAUUUGCUGCAUACAAAAAGGCAAACCAAAUGUUCGCUGAUGUUGUCAAUGAGCACUACGAAGAGGGAGAUGUUGUCUGGUGCCAUGAUUACCAUCUUAUGUUCCUUCCUAAAUGCCUUAAGGAAUACAACAGUAAGAUGAAAGUUGGAUGGUUUCUCCAUACACCAUUCCCUUCUUCUGAGAUACACAGGACACUUCCAUCACGAUCAGAGCUCCUUCGCUCAGUUCUUGCUGCUGAUUUAGUUGGCUUCCAUACAUAUGACUAUGCAAGACACUUUGUAAGUGCGUGCACUCGUAUUCUUGGACUUGAAGGAACACCUGAGGGAGUUGAGGAUCAAGGAAGGCUCACUCGAGUUGCUGCUUUUCCAAUUGGCAUAGACUCUGAGCGGUUUAUACGAGCACUUGAGGUCACUGAAGUCAUACAACACAUGAAGGAACUGAAAGAAAGAUUUGCUGGCAGAAAGGUGAUGUUAGGUGUUGAUCGCCUUGAUAUGAUCAAAGGGAUUCCACAAAAGAUUCUGGCAUUUGAAAAAUUUCUCGAGGAAAAUGCAAGCUGGCGUGAUAAAGUGGUGUUAUUGCAAAUUGCGGUGCCAACAAGAACAGACGUCCCUGAAUAUCAAAAACUCACAAGCCAAGUUCAUGAAAUUGUGGGACGCAUUAAUGGUCGUUUUGGGACACUGACUGCUGUUCCAAUACAUCACCUGGAUCGUUCUCUGGACUUUCAUGCCUUAUGUGCACUUUAUGCUGUCACAGAUGUUGCACUUGUCACAUCUUUGAGAGAUGGAAUGAACCUUGUCAGUUACGAAUUUGUUGCUUGCCAAGAGGCCAAAAAGGGAGUCCUCAUUCUUAGUGAAUUUGCAGGUGCUGCACAGUCUCUGGGUGCUGGAGCUAUUCUUGUGAAUCCUUGGAACAUAACAGAAGUUGCUGCCUCCAUUGGACAGGCUCUAAAUAUGACAGCUGAAGAAAGAGAGAAAAGACAUCGGCAUAAUUUUCAUCAUGUCAAAACCCACACUGCUCAAGAGUGGGCUGAAACUUUCGUGAGUGAACUAAAUGACACCGUAAUUGAGGCACAACUACGAAUUAGUAAAGUCCCACCUGAGCUUCCACAGCAUGAUGCAAUUCAACGGUAUUCAAAGUCCAACAACAGGCUACUGAUCCUUGGUUUCAAUGCAACAUUGACUGAACCAGUGGAUAAUCAAGGACGAAGAGGUGAUCAAAUAAAGGAAAUGGAUCUUAAUCUACACCCUGAGCUAAAAGGACCAUUAAAGGCAUUAUGCAGUGAUCCAAGUACAACCAUAGUUGUCCUGAGUGGAAGCAGCAGAAGCGUUUUGGAUAAAAACUUUGGAGAGUAUGAUAUGUGGUUGGCCGCAGAAAAUGGGAUGUUCCUAAGGCUUACUAAUGGAGAGUGGAUGACUACAAUGCCAGAACACUUGAACAUGGAAUGGGUUGAUAGCGUUAAGCAUGUUUUCAAGUACUUCACUGAGAGAACUCCUAGGUCACACUUUGAAACACGCGAUACUUCACUUAUAUGGAACUACAAAUAUGCAGAUAUCGAAUUUGGGAGACUUCAAGCAAGAGAUUUGUUACAACACUUAUGGACAGGUCCAAUCUCUAAUGCAUCAGUUGAUGUUGUGCAAGGAAGCCGCUCUGUAGAAGUCCGUGCGGUUGGUGUGACAAAGGGAGCCGCAAUAGACCGCAUUCUAGGAGAGAUAGUGCAUAGCAAGUCGAUGACCACACCCAUUGAUUACGUCUUGUGCAUUGGUCAUUUCUUGGGGAAGGACGAAGAUGUUUACACCUUCUUCGAACCAGAACUUCCAUCCGACAUACCAGCCAUUGCACGAGCCAGACCAUCAUCUGAUAGUGGAAGCAAGUCAUCAUCAGGAGACCGAAGACCGCCGUCAAAGUCGACACAUAACAACAAAAGUGGACCAAAAUCUUCAUCAUCCUCUAACUCUAACAACAACAACAACAAGUCCUCACAGAGAUCUCUUCAGACAACAGAAAGAAAAAGCGGAUCCAACCAUAGCUUAGGAAACUCAAGACGGCCUUCACCAGAGAAGAUCUCAUGGAAUGUUCUUGACCUCAAAGGAGAGAAUUACUUCUCUUGCGCUGUGGGUCGUACUCGCACCAAUGCCAGAUAUCUCCUUGGUUCACCUGACGACGUUGUUUGCUUCCUUGAGAAGCUCGCCGACACGACAUCAUCCUCACCUUAAUAUCCCAAGACGGUGUCAAGUGAGUUCAUCAUGUAACCCAAUAAAAAUUAUUGUUUUGUAACAAAAAGCAGCCAUUACCAGACUCUUUUGAGUGGUUUGAUUCUAAUAUAAUAAGAGUAGAGCAAAACUUGUGACAAAAUAAAAAGAAGCUUAUGACAAAAAUGAGAACAAGAACACAAUAGAGAAAUAUUACAACAAGCUCUUAUUACAUAAGCAAAUCUAGUGAAGGAUAAGCAAAUCUAGUGAAGGAAGGGGAAUGAUAAGGUAAAUUAAACAAUAACACAAAAA